UCAGCGUCUUAAUAGCACAGUGACGUUCACGCGCAAAUGAUCACCGUUGCCUCAGGAUAUUUCCAGGAGAACUACUGUGACGUGACAGCACGCGCUGCACCCUGCCAACAAGUAUCUCCGGAAAUAUAGCAAUGACAGUCUAGAUUGACGCAAUAACGGGCAGACCAGUGGACACGCAAGCACUUCGGGCACACCGGGCAGUACCUAACGCCGUCUUUCUCACCCAGUAACGCCGUUUCUCUCUCUACAAAGCUGAGGCAAUCAUGUCAUAUAUUCAAAACCCCCGAGCCUCCAAGCCUGAGAUUCAGAGCUAGGCUCGGAGCUCAAAAGCGACCCCCAAAGAAAAGAAGCCAAAGCAGAGCGCCAGAUAAAUAAUGGAGUAAAAGAAGAGAGAGAAAAGAAAUAGUAGAGAGAGAAAGGAAGAGAGGGAAGAGAGAGAAAGACACUGAGUGAGUGUGCGUAGUGCGUGUUUUCUAGAGAGAGACUAAGAGGCGCAUGACAAAGAUGGGGCAGAUCGUGAAGAGGAAGAAGAAAGGGAGACCAUCCAAGGCAGAUCUCGCUAAACGACGCAGCGUAGGUGAGGAUGCAUCGGCGCCGGAGCGUGAGCUUCGGAGAAGUCACCGUCAACGGAACGUGAGGUACACCUUCGAUUUCGAUGAUUACCUCGACGACGACGAGUUAUUCGAGGGCUUCGAUGAUGAGGAAGACGAGCGGCGGCGGGAGAAGAAGCUCAAGCUCCUUCUUAAGCUCCAGACUAGCAGAGAAACCACCACCACUGAGUCGACUCCGAGUGAGACUCGGCGUGCGUCACACGCGCCUGCAGCUUCUCAGUCGUCGUCGGACCUCGCCGGUGAUGGGAGUUAUAAUAAGCCGUCGAAGAAGAGGAAAAUGAGCGACAGCCUCGCUCGCGGCCGCAGCCGCCAAGGCGUCAAUGAAGAAGCUGAAGCCGAGGCAGAGGUAGAUGAGGAAGAUGAAAAUGAUGACGUGGAUGAUGACGAUAAUGAAAAUGUUGAGGAUGAUGAGGUUGUUAAAGGUGGUGGAAAAGCUGAUGAGCCGAAAGGGGUGGAGGACUCUGCUCCAGAGACACCUACUGAAGCUCCUUCUGGGUUGCCAUUGCCAGAAAAGAAGACGUUGGAAUUAAUUCUUGACAAGCUUCAAAAGAAGGACAUUUAUGGUGUUUACGCAGAGCCUGCUGAUCCUGAGGAGUUACCUGAUUACCAUGAAGUUAUUGAGCAUCCUAUGGACUUUACCACCGCGAGGAACAAGCUGGGAAAUGGAUCAUAUGCAAACUUGGAACAAUUUGAGAGUGAUGUUUUCCUUAUUAGCUCGAAUGCGAUGCAAUACAAUGGACCAGAUACCAUAUAUCAUAAACAGGCUCGCGCCAUCCAAGAGCUGGCAAAAAGGAAAUUUCAGAAAAUAAGACUUGGCAUUGAACGGUCGGACGAACUCAAAUCAGACCAGAAGACAAGAUUAAACUCUGUUGUUAAGAAGCAAAUAAGGAAGCCAAUCAGCCGGACAUUGCAGGACCCUGUGGGGUCUGAUUUCUCAUCUGGUGCGACACUUGCAACCAAUGGAGAUAUUCAAAAUGGUUCAAGUGCAGCUCAGGUUGGUGGAUCUGAGAGGGCUAGCAGUGUUGAUAGGCUUGAGGUUCCACCUGUCAUUGACAACAGCAUAGACAAAGCAGAAGAAUUGCUGCCGGGGAAGCGACCUCUGGCUAAGAUUGAGAGAAAACAAUCAUUGAAUGAUGAGAAUCGUCGUGCAACUUAUAACUUGUCUACUCAGCCUGUUGCAAGCUUCGAUUCUGUAUUUUCAACUUUUGAUGGAGAAAGCAAGCAGCUAGUUUCUGUGGGUCUUUAUGCGGAUCAUUCUUAUGCUAGGAGCCUGGCCAGAUUUGCAGCAACUCUUGGACCUGUUGCUUGGAGAAUCGCUUCCAAGAGAAUUGAGCAGGCUCUGCCUUCAGGAUCCAAAUUUGGUCGUGGGUGGGUUGGAGAAUAUGAGCCACUUCCAACACCUGUGCUAAUGCUUGAAAAUUGCACUCUUAAGGAACCACCCUUUUUUACCAAGAUUGAACAGACAGUUGUCACUAGAAAGCAGGAGAAAAUGCCUACGAAACCUGUUUCUUCCAGGGAGAACAUUGUUACUGAACCUUGUGUGGACAAAUUGGUGAAAGCAGCACCUUCUUACAAGGACUCCACUGUGCAGAGGAAAUCAGCAUUUUUUGGUUCUACAGUAAUUAAACCAACUGCCUGUUCUAGCCCCAGUAUCUCACUUCCGGCUAAAGAGCAAGCUGUUAGGGUUUUGGAGGGGAGAUCUUUUUUUGGUUCUGCAAACAAAACUACUUUUUCAGCUUCUUCUGGUUUUCAGCAGCAAAAUUCACAACCAAGAAAUUUCACUGAGCCUGAGAAAAGGUUUCUGAAGGAGGUUGAACUGAAUGGUCCACCCUCAGGCAGUCAAACUGCUGCUGAUUUUGUUGUAGAGAGGCAGAUUUUGAAUAGUUCUGAUAUACCAGGUUCAAGGUCGAAGGACAUGGUUCCGAAGAACAAAAGUCUCUUGCCCUCUGGAUCUUUUAAACAAUCAAAUCUUAAUGGAGUGGCUGUUGGUGGACUGCCCAAUGGAAAAGUAAAUAAUAUAGAUAGCAAUAAAAAGUCUAGUUCGGCAUCUGACUUGGCCAAAGGGGCGACAUAUUUUCCUCAUGCACAGGAUCAGGGUUUAACAGAUCCAGUCCUGUUGAUGAAAAUGUUAACUGAGAAGGCUCAAAAUCAACACAAGUCAUCUAAUCAGUCCCCAGUUGACAGUGGUCCAGUUUUGUCUCCAGCUCUUCCAUUGAGAAAAGAAGAUUCAGGCAAUGCUGCUGCAGCUGCUGCUCGUGCAUGGAUGUCUAUAGGGGCUGGAGGAUUUAGACCAGCUGGGGAAAACACAGGCCUCCAUAAGAACCAGAUAUCUGCUGAUUCAUUGUAUAACCCUGCUCGUGAUCUUCAGUCCCAGGUUUCAAGAUUUCGUGGGGACCCUCCACCAUAUGCGAUGCAUUUGCAGCCUGACAAGAACAAUUUUCCAUUUCAUCCCUUUGUGCCUCAACCUACUAGAAUAGGCAGUGAUGUGCAGUUCCAUAAUCAACCAAUGGUUUAUCCUCAAUUAGUGACUGCUGACUUGUCUAGGUUCCAGGUGCAGUCUCCAUGGCAGCCUAUUAGUCCACAAUGGCAGCCAAUGCAGAAACAGGAAUCACUGCCUCCAGACUUGAAUGUUAGUUUCCAGUCAUCAGGGUCUCCUGGUAGACCAGCUUCAAGUGUUCUGGUUGAUUCUCAGCAGCCAGACCUGGCAUUGCAGCUUUAAGGCUGGCAUACAAUUUUGAAGCAAUAGGAAAACUUCAGAACUUAUGUUGGUUUACGAUCCUAAAAGAGGUGGUGUACUUUCUUGAAACUUGGAUACCAAAUUGUUAGUUGGAUGACAUCAUGGCAAGCUUAGUUUCCAAAAUGCUGUGGUGGAUUGAAAUGUAUAAGAUGGAUAUGGAGGAUAUCUGAUAUGAUUUUCUACUGGGCUUGUUUGCUCGGAAGAGAGGAGGACCUCGGUGCAUUAGAUUAGGUUUUAUGAGUAGGUAUUAAGUACGGUGGUCGACUGCAUUGGAAAAAUUGGUCUAAGCGGCCUCGAUAAUUUAUGAUUUGAGGUUUGUUGAUCUGCAACGGCUGUAUUUAUGUGAUAUCGGCUAGCUGAAGGCCUGGAGGGAGAGGUCGGUUGUAAUAAUUAACUGUUCGUCAUAUCCCGAUUCAGUGAUUUAGACACAGAAAAAUGAGGUCGUUUCUUGUAAAUUUGGUACAGGCUUUCUUCAAGGAAGAUUACUACUGUUAUUGUGAUUUGGGCAUCAUGAUUAUUUUGUGGUAGCAUACCUUUAUCCUCUGCGGAGUUGGCUGUUUGGCUGUGUGUACAUCGCAAACAAUCACCCUUGGGGAAUGAAAAAGAGCUAGUUAUUCUUGCA